AUGGCCCUGGUCAAUGCCUCAGCAGCCGUCGUAGUGGUUGCGAUCUCACUCCUAAUAUACGCCAUCUUUGGUCAGCCAAAGCUGAGGAGGAAUGGCGUCCCAUUACGACGACCUCCUAAUACACUGCCGCUCGCCGGAAAUGGCAUCAUCUUCCUCAGAGAUCGCCAGAAGCUAUUCGACUGGUUCACCAAGUGUGAACAACUUUACGGCUAUGAAACGCUGCAAAUCUCUGUUCCCAGUCUACCUCCAGGGGCCAUCAUCAGCGAUCCCAAGAACCUAGAAUACGUCUUCAAGAACGAGGGCAUAUUUGCCAAGGGGGAAUUCUUCAAUGGGAGAUCGAGGGACUUGUUUGGUAAUGGCAUAAUCAAUGUUGAUGGCGACCUGUGGAAGGUCCAGAGAAAGGCCGGCCUCAAUUUCCUCAAUACCUCGAACCUGAGAGUUCUCACAGACGUGGCGUUGCCACAGUAUCUAUCUCAGAGUGUCGCCUACCUUGGAAGCCAGUCAGGUAAUGAUGUGGUGGACUUGCAGGCAGUCUUCCACGAAAUCACGACCCAACUCAUGGGCAAGAUGGCUUACAACAUGGAAAUGCACGCAGAAGACACGUUUGGCCUGUCCUUCGACUACGCAUCAGGUGCGACUGCAAAGCGGUUCCAGAAUCCAAUGUGGUUCCUCACAGAGAUCCUCACAGGAGCACGUCUGAGGAAAUCCAUCUCUGUCGUAAAAUCCUUUGGACAGAGCAUAGUCUCCAGUGCGAUGACGGACAGAAAAGCGUCUCCCAAAACCGCGCCAGACGUCUCAAAAGAUCUGGGGAGCGACAGGCUCGACAACAUAUCCGGCAGUUUAGUCCAGUCAUUGCUAGACACCAUUGGAGACGAGCAGCUGGUUGCCGAUGCCGCGCUGAAUUACCUCUCGGCAGGCAAAGAUACCACGGCGCAGGCUCUGACGUGGACAUUCUACCUGCUCAUGCAGUACCCGGAGGUUGUAGCCAAGAUCCGCGAGGAGGUCGACGACAUUAAACAGCAAAGUGAGGAGGACUCCCUUGAGAAAGCCAUUGCGGAACGGGGUAACCCGAAUACGAUGCCGUACGUCUUCUCAGUCUUUUACGAAGCGCUGCGCAUCUUCCCACCGAUCCCUUUCGAAAUCAAACAGGCUGUUCAGGCGACAACGCUACCAGACGGCACCUUUCUACCCCAGAACUCCGUCAUUGUCUGGUGCACCUGGGCGAUGAACCGCUCGCGCACCACAUGGGGCUCUGAUGCGGACCAGUUCCGGCCCGAGCGAUGGCUGGUCGACGGUAAAGUCAUCAACAAGAGCACCUCCGAAUUCCCAGUCUUCAACGGCGGGCCAAGAACAUGUUUGGGGAAGAAAAUGGCUGAGAUCAUUGCCGUGCAAGUAAUUGCUACCGUAGCUGGUCUCUUUGAUUGCGUGAGAGUCGAUGACUCGACGAGAGUCAGCAAGAGUAGUCUUACCUUGCCGAUGAAGGACGGCCUGCCCUGUUUUUUACAACGUAGACCUGAUGUCGAAUUUUAA